UAUAUUUCUAUAUUCAGCGCUCUAGUCAUCCGGUUGCUCCAGCCGCCAUGGCUGACGAAAUUGCUAAGGCGCAGACCGCCAAGCCGGGAGGAGACACGAUUUUCGGGAAAAUCAUCCGUAAAGAGAUUUCUGCAAAUGUAUUCUAUGAGGAUGAUCAGUGCAUAGCCUUCCACGAUAUCGCCCCUCAGGCUCCCGUUCAUUUUCUGGUCGUCCCAAAAAAACCCAUCUCACACCUUUCCAAGGCGGAAGCUGAGGAUGCUGCGCUCCUGGGCCAUCUGAUGAUCGUGGCCAAAGACUGUGCCGAAAAGCAGGGCCUCAGCGAGGGUUACCGGCUGGUGGUGAACGAGGGGCCCCAUGGGGGCCAGACGGUCUACCACAUCCACAUCCACAUCAUGGGGGGUCGUCAGAUGGGCUGGCCCCCAGGCUAGCCGGCCCGUCCUGCUGGCGGCCCCCCCCCCCCCCCCCCCCACCAUCCACUGCAUCUGUUAACUGACACAACAGUGAAUAUUAAUGGAGCAAAUAAAAACAGCCCAAAGCCAUUGUCAUAUUAGCUGUCAAUCCGUCACACGUGUGUUACUCUGUUGCUCUGGGAGUAAUAAAUUACGUCUUAUCACUCAAG